AUGCCACUGGAACUGGUUUUCCAAAACUGCUGCGAUCAGAGGGAGCCACCAGGGGAUGAAGUCACACUGCAUGCUUCCUUCUCUGCCCGGCAUGAGACGCCCGGUUCUCAAUGCACAUCCGCUUUCACAAAUAUUCCUGAAGGUGAUGAAGCUUUAGUUCAUCCUUCACUCCAGGGCGAAGCAGCUUGUCUCACUGAGACGGACGCCGAUAAGCCUGAAAUUCCCGCGAAGUCCUCGACGUCACCCGACCUUACAAGCUUCGAUGCUUUGGAUGCAGCGUUGAUGCGAGGGAUUCCGCUGCGCGAGACGCUGCAGUGGGGAGCUCAUCUUUGGCUUUCGGAUCCACGAUCCCUGAGCGCCGGCAAGAAGGCCAAGCUCUGGGAUGCUUCGAAGCCAACGAAAAAGUAUGACAAGUUUCUAUCGCACACCUGGGAAACCCACGGAAGAUGGAAACAGCUGUCACUUCUUCUCCGUUUCGGCUGGCCUAGCAUGAUGAUAUUUUGGGCCGCUGGGGCAAUGAUUGCCUGCGUUCUUGUUCUACUCGAGGUGUUGCCACUCUUCACCGUGUUUCAACUGCCGCUUCCAACUUUAUGGCCUGGCGUACAUGGCACUUCCAUCCCAUAUGGUUGCUGGCUGAUGCUGCUGUCCUCCACCGGGGCCAUCCUAGGGCUUAUCGUUUUCCCAUAUCUUCCACACUUCGCGUCGGACAUUUGUUUCUUAGAUUUCGUAUGUGUUCACCAGACGGACGACAGGAAGAUGCAGCAGGGGAUCAGGUCUAUCGGAGCAUUCCUUGCGUCAGCUUCGGAACUGCGCGUGCUUUGGAGCGCGCCUUACCUACAGAGGUUGUGGUGUGUCUUCGAAUUGGCCGCAUAUCGCAAGCUCAAGCCGAAUGGAAAGAUCGUGAUAUCACGGGUUAUGACGGAGGUUGCUGUUCUUUUGACCUUCGUUUGGGUGCAGUUGGUCGUUGUGGGAUUCUGGCUCGCACGCUCGGGUCCCUACGGGGGAGAGCCCUGGCGGUUGCUGCUGGUGGUCGUCUGCGCGGGUCUGCCGAUUCUUGCUUCAAUGUCGCAGGCUGCAGUGCGGAAGCAAGAUGCUGAGGAAGAGUUGAGGAGCCAGCUGGCAAACUUCGAUGUGAUGAAUGUGAAGUGCAGCAACGAGUUUGAUAGACAAUGCAUCCAUGAUGCCAUCACCAGAUGGUACGGCAGCAUGAGUGCUUUCAACGAAUACAUACAAGGACCCUUCUGCCUUGAAGUACUUCAGCUCAGACGUAGCCAGCGCGGCAUUGAAGGCCACUACUUCAUGUUCUUGCUGCUGCCGACUAGCAGCUACUUUCUGGAGGGUUUUUUAUCAAUCGUGAUGUCCGGUGUCCCCGCUGAAGUAGCGGUAUCCUACUUCCUCGCCGCUGUGAUGUGCUUCAACCUGAUUUGGAUUCCAUCUGUCGUCGCAUUAGGAGCUUACUUCACUCAGCACGGAGUCCGAGUGGGCAGAUGCAGAAUCAAGCCUCCCCUCUUGGAGUCACUCGUAAUCUUUCUUCUGUGCCUCAUUCUUCUAGCGGUUGGGGUCGCGGCCACAGUUGCCGGCAUUGCCAACGGCAUACCAGUGGCAAUCCUGUGGAACAUCGUGGGAUUAGUCUUUGCUGCAGUGACUUGGAUGAAGUGCUGGCGAGUCUAA